AUGUUGGUGGUAAACAUCAUUCCCUUUAUAUUUGCGGUAUGUUCCGCCACGAACAUUAUAAUCUCGAGCGGCACCUCCACUUCACCGUCUGCUAAAUUGAAACGCGGCAUCGUAGACCCCGGGCCCGGUGCUCUUGACACCCAGGAGCAAUUCAGAGGAACUCAAAGCACACCGAAGAUCUCACCGUCUAAAGAUAUCAAUUCGAAGUCAUUGCCUUAUUAUGGAAAGGCCAAAGCGUCGGAUAUCCAGAAAAUUUCCUAUGCCAGCCCGAAUCAGAGAUCUGGUUCUCACGCGUACGGCAGUGUGCCAAAGUUUUCUUACGUUUCCUCUCCUACUCAUCAGGCCGAAUCGCAUCAGAACAGCCCGCUCGCUUCGUAUUUCAAUCUAUUGAAUAAUCCGAAUACGUACAAGGCUGCAACGAGCGCAGAGAAGCCGGUGGAGGCGUCGAAAUCAAUCGUGUCGCAGUCGCUGCAAAAACUGCAAGAAGCAUAUUCGCCCAACCACAAUGCGUUCCAUCCGGACAAAUCGAUCGAAAUGUCCAGUUUCUCCGACUUUGAAUAUCCUUCUUAUUCCAGCGUCAACAAAAUUAUCUCUCAAGGCUUCCAGAACGGCGUUUCGUCCCCUACCAUGCAAAUACCGGUGUACAAAAGCAGUUAUCCUCUGUCGAAAGCUACCGAAUACGCGAAUAUUUACGCGUCGAGCUUUCCAACGAUGUCAAGUGCCACUCCGCUGUUUCAAUCGUCGGACGAAACGAAACAGGCUACCAAGCAGAACGACGAGGCGAGCGUGGAUGUGAACGGUAAGAAGGUCUCUCUUCCGAUCAUUCAACUUCAGAGCGAUCCCGGGCUUUCCGGUGCUUUCCCCGCCUUCGAGAGUCAGCCGUUUCUUUCAAAUGCGAACUAUCCGGCCGAAUCGAACUUCGGAUUUAAUUUUGGAGGCAUGCCAAAGCCCAACGUGGCACUUCAAUUGACAAACGCUUCACCAUUUUUGUCGCCCCUGUCGAGUUUCCAAGGUCAAAUCGUGCCGAUUCAGACAGCCGGCAGUACCCCGCAGUUUCCGCAGUACAAAGGAGCCAGCAUACGAGUUCAUCCCGUUCCAAAUGUUCCCAAAGUGCAAGGUAAUUACGAGUCGCUUUACGGUCAACCACAAUUACACUUUGGCAAGGAACAUGCUAACCAACUUGUUAAUGCUCAACUAAAUGUCAUCCCGUCUUCCAUUUCGACGGAGGAUAUUCUGGACGACGUAGAGAUAAUUAAUAAGAAACAUCCAGAACCUCAUCCCGCACAAACUGACGACGACGACGACGAUGAAGAGGAGAAAGAUAUGAGAUAUGAAAAUUCCGAGAAGGAAAUUGAAGAUAAUUUUGACGAGGAGGACGAACAUGAUUCGGAAAAGCGUUUCAAGGAACCGCCGAUGACGGAGGGCGACUUUAAGCCGUCGACAUCUUUCCCUUUUAAAGAAUACGACGAGACAUUUGGAAAGUAUACAAAGGAAACCGAUGAGGAGGAUUCCGAGGAUAAACCAUAUCCCGGCUACAAGAAUCCUUCAUCGAACGAUGACGCGGAGGAGGAAGACCCGUCUUCAUCGGAACGUCGCGCUGAAUACGCUGAAUCCCCAAAAUCGCGCGGGUCGUACGAAGAGGAGGAUGAAGAAGAACAAGAGACUCGCAAAUAUGAGAAACGCGGGGAAACCGAUGAGGAUCCUUACGAGGUGGAACCUAAGCAAUCGAAAUAUUACGGGAAAGACUUCGAGCAGGAGUUUGAAGAAUCGUACAGGGAAGAACUACCGAAACAGAGAUAUGUUCAUGUGAAAGAAGUACCGGAUAUAGAUAGUUACAACAAUCCGAAACCUUCUAAACGGCAGCCGGAAAAUAAUGGCCGAUCUCGUGUAAAUCAAGAAGUACCCGAAGAAUCCAUGUUUCAAGAAUCCCGUGUGUCUCAUAAAAAUCGGAAAAUACCAAAGACCGGUUACAAAGACAACGCUGCUUACGGCUCAGACAUUUCCGCUAAAAAGGCGAGCAAAGUGGUUUACGAAGAAUUCUAUGGAUACAAAAACCCGAAAAGUGGAAAGUAUUCUAAGCGCGCGAGAACCGAGUCUGCGGUCGAGAAAUAUCCGUCCGCUAAGAAAUCGACCGCACACAAGGAAGAUAGUUAUCUUCGUGCCGCCAAGUAUUACAAAUUUAAAAGUCCCAAGGUAGGUGGCGGACUCGUCCCGAAGAAUAAAUAUCCGCAUUCGUAUUCCUCCGCGAGCAAUUGGAAAUCGGGCAAAAUCUCCACCGCAGAAACGGGACUUGGAUCGAAUGCGAGACAAUUGGCAGAUUCGGGCGACAGAGCUCCUUUAUAUAGACAGAGUUCAGUGAACGGGCAGGUGCGUUCUCUCACGAACGAAGAAAUCCUUCGUGAUUUGACGGGAAUUUAA